AUACAAAAUAAAAAAAAAAAACAUCAAGAACUUUGAUUCCCCUUCAUCUACUCCACUCUCCCUUCACUUUUUUCCUCAAAACUCCUUAAAACCCCUUUAUAUAUAAUUGUCAACAAAAAAAUCUAGCAAAUUAAUUAAAUAGGCAUUAUAGUGAAAAUGCUAAUGGAGAAAUGCUCAUGGUCUUAUGAAGAUGAGUUGAUAAAAGAACUUCUUGAUGAUGAAUCACCAUUAAUCCUUUUGGCACCUCAACAUGACUCAACAACUUCAAAGAGCACAAUUUCUUCACUUUCCACAGGGCCAAACAUUCAUGAUGAUAUAGAGAGUGGUUUGUCCAUGACAAGCAAUGGAGUUCAAUCUCAUGAUGCUAGGAAUUUAGGAUUGGGAAGAGGGUUGGACAUGAUGAUGAGUAAGCAGGAGGUUCAGGAGGCUAAAUAUACUUUGAGAAUACAGACUUAUGGUAAUGCAAUGGCUGAUGAUGGUUAUAAGUGGAGAAAAUAUGGACAAAAAUCUAUUAAGAAUAGCCCAUAUCCCAGGAGCUACUACAAAUGCACUAAUCCAAGGUGUGGAGCCAAAAAACAAGUUGAGAGGGUCAGUGAUGAGCCCAACACUUUCAUAAUCACUUAUGAAGGCCUUCAUCUACAUUUUGCUUACCCAUUUAUCACUCUUGAUCCACCACAACUUCUUAAUGAGCCCAAUAAAAAGCCCAAAUUAACAAAUUCUAAAGCCCAUAUAUAUGAAUCUGAAAAUGCAAAUGAAGUUGAUGAAAGCCCAAAAUUUACCAACCCAGGCCCAAUUGUUAACCUUGAACAAGCAUUGGGCUUUAGUGAAAUGGGCUUACAGGGAUUGGGCUUUGGUAAAAUGGGCUCACAAGGGUUACUUGAGGAUAUGGUGCCAUUAAUGGUUCGAAACCCAUCUAUUAAUAAGCCCACAAACUCAUAUUCUUCAUCUUGCUCUUAUUCAUCCCCACCAACUUCUCCUUCAUUUUCUUGGUCAAAUAAUUAG